GUCGGCCGCUCGCUUCCUCAUGGGGCCCCGUUGAUUGGCUGGAUCGCCUCGAGACCGCCACCCAUGUUGAAUGCUUGUCACCACCUUCACGUAAGAUUGACCUGCGUUACUUUCACAACCCCAGACUGUCAUCCUGUAAUUUUCUCAUUUACAUCACCAGUGUCCUGGUUUUAGAACCACGCCAUUGCAAUAUCUGCAAGUCGAAAAGACUAGCCUCACAUUGGAUCUGCUGCGCCAAACGACGGACUUACCUAGAAGCUCAGUACAGGCAUUCGCCAUCGCGCUCAGGUAGAUAUCACUGUCUACUUUGCCCAUUUCACCCACAUCAGAACAUACAAUACCUUCAUGGCUAGAUUCGGUCUCAUAUCCUCUUUUAUUAAUAAAUUGACACCGAGGACGCACCGCUAUUCCGCUAUUCCAGCGGACAACACUGAGCCACUACUUUCCAAUUCUUCCACUCCAGCUGCGACUCGUCGAAUUACUACCAAAACGAUGGUGAAGAUAUCGGCCGCUGUGUUGUUGCUUUCUGCAGCAACUAUAGGCUAUUCACUGUGCCCACCUGCGCAGAAAGGAUGCGAACAGAAUGGCACCUGUACUGCUAUUUCGAAGCAUACUUGGGGCCAGUAUUCUCCAUACUUCGCCGCCCCUUCAGAGCUAAGCUCAGCUGUCCCUAAGGGUUGCAAAGUCACAUUUGCACAGAUUCUGUCGAGACAUGGAUCUCGCAGCCCUACGGCUGAUAAAGCCCAGGUUUAUGACGAUCUGCUUCAGACGCUGCGUGACAACGUAACAGACUACGCUGCCGGCUACGAAUUUAUCAAAGACUACACCCCGCCUUUUGUGCCCGAUGAGCUGACAACCUACGGAGAAAACGAGCUGGUUACUGCCGGAGCUCUAUUCUCCAAGAGAUACAGCAGCCUGACCCAAGACAAGCCCAUGUUUGUCCGCGCGUCUGGAUCCCAUCGAGUCAUUGUGUCUGCUGAGAAGUUUGCCCAGGGUUUCUACUCUGACAGCAACCACUCGGAUGAUAUCCUUGUCAUUCCCGAAGAGUCAGGCUUCAACAACACACUCGACCAUGGUGGUUGCUCGGCCUUUGAAGACGGUGACGGAAAGAAGCUGGGCAAGAAGAAGCAAAAGGAGUGGAUGGCCAAGUUCGUGCCCGCUAUCAGCGACAGAUUGACCAAGAAGCUCAGCGGAUCCAACUUGGACACUCAGAGCAUCGUGUAUUUGAUGGAUCUCUGCCCUUUCGACACCAUUACUGACCCCAAUGCUAAGCUAUCCCCCUUUUGCCAAAUCUUCAACCAGGAUGAAUGGCUCAGCUAUGACUACUACCAAUCUCUUGAGAAGUGGUAUGUCUAUGGGCCAGGCCGUAAGCUGGCCCCGACACAGGGUGUGGGAUACGUCAAUGAACUCAUUGCGCGCUUGACUGGUCAACCGGUGCAGGAUCAUACAACCACAAACACUACGCUCGAUUCAUCUGACAAGACCUUCCCUCUGGACCGCAAGCUCUACGCUGAUUUUACACACGACAACACCAUGAUGACCAUCUACGGUGCUCUUGGCCUGUUCAAGAACACACAAAACCUACCCACUGACCGCCGGCUGUCUCCCAAGGAGCUUGACGGGUACUCGUCGUCGCGGGUAGUCUCGUUUGCCGCCCGCAUGGUCGUGGAGAAGAUGGCGUGCGAUGGCCAGGGCGAUGAGGAGCUUGUUCGUCUCCUGAUUAAUGAUCGGGUAUUCCCUCUCAAGGACUGUGAUGCAGACUCUCUGGGGCGAUGCAAGCUUGGCGCAUUUGUUAAGUCGCAGAACUUCUCCCAGUCUGGAGGUGACUGGGCGCAGUGCGAGGCUAAGGAGAAAUAAGAAUAAAAAAGUGGCUGCAUCUGGCAUAGGCGUGGAUGAUGGGCACUGAUGAAACAAAAAAGCCUGCUGAUGGAGACUCUGCAGUGUCGUAUCUAGUAACGGCAUUGACUUGGCUCACACUUGGAGUUGUAUCUAGUAGAGUAUUGCUGUUACUUGCGCGUUCCAAAACGGGGCCAGUGCUUUAUCCUGGGCUCUAGAAUAUUCAUUAAUUAAACAAAACUUGUACAAUCGUCAGAUAUGGAAUUUUCGUGAGUUCUCUCUUUUCGGAUCGGAUUUCUAGGCAGCAUCAUUUUGUGUUUUAGGAGGAGCAUGGUGCCCGCCAGUAGUUGGAGCGUGGUUUUGGUGACGAGUCGCUGGCGUG